GCAUGUAUGAUGCUCAUAACUUUCUUGCCAUACACGUUUUCCUUAAUGGCCUCCUUUCCAGGUGUACCUUUUGGUAUUUUCCUGUUUAGCACUUGUGCUGUUGUCAUCGGCCUUAUCCAGGCAGUGAUAGUAGCCUAUGGCUUCUAUCAUCCCUACUUGCUGAAUCACCAGAUACAGGUGUCUGAAAACCAGGCCUUCUACAAACAUCAUAUCUUACAGAUCAUUCUAAGAGGACCAGUACUCUGCUUCUUAGCUGCCAUCUUCUCCUUUUUCUUUAUCCCAAUGUCUUAUGUUCUGCUUGGACUUGUUAUCUUUUUGCCACACAUCACUCGGUUAAUUAUUUGGUGUAAAAACAAGACUGUUGGUCCAAAAGAGGAUGAGGAGUCUCAUCGCUUAGAGGCCUUCACUUUUUACCUCAAUGAACCUUUGAGUAAGGAACGAGUGGAGGCGUUCAGUGACGGUGUGUAUGCCAUUGUAGCAACCCUGCUCAUUUUGGAUAUAUGUGAGGACAAUGUCCCUGAUUCCAAAGAAGUUAAAGACAAAUUCCAUGACCGCCUCAUUGAAGCUUUAAGUGAAUAUGGACCAAACUUCCUUGCCUACUUUGCCUCCUUUGUAACAACUGGUCUUCUCUGGUUUGUCCACCACUCGCUCUUUCUUUACAUAACAAAAGCAACUCGAUUUAUGGGACUGCUCAACACAUUUUCAUUGGCUUUCAUUGGAGGGCUUCCUCUCGCUUACCAGCUGACCAGUGAAUUUGCAGAGAAGUCUCACAAUGAAAUAGAAGCUAUUCAGGUCAGCUGUGUAAUCACUUUCUUUGCCAGCAUCUUUCAGUUUGCUAUAUGGAUCACAGCUCUGUUCCACGAAAGGGAAACCUUGCAUCCUUUGGCGAGGUAUGGCGGCAAGGAACAUGCUUUUAUGUUUGCUAAGCUUGCUCUCUACCCUUGUGUCAGCCUUGGGGCCUUCUUUCUAACCUGCUUGUUAAGUAAGUUCAGCACAGCGAUUUUUCACAUCAUGCAGAUUGUAGUCCCCUUUGCUUUCCUUGCCCUGCGCAUCCUUGUCAGGAUUUCUUUGGCAAUUAUGAAGUCAAUGUUGUCUCUCUCCAGACGGAAGAACGUAGUGUUAGAUGAAGAGGAAACAUGUUUGUCUCCUGCUGAAACGCUCUCAUAG